AUGGGUGAACGAAAGGGUCAGAACUUUUACUAUCCCCCGGAUUUCAAUUACAAAACCCACAAGAACUUGAAUAAUUACCAUGGCACCCACGCGUUACGUGAACGUGCUUCCAAGAUCAAGGAGGGGAUCUUGGUCAUCAGGUUCGAGAUGCCAUUUAAUGUUUGGUGCUUGGGAUGCAACAACCAUGUUGGAAUGGGAGUACGGUACAACGCUGAGAAAAAGAAGAUCGGCAUGUACUACACGACACCGUUGUACGAGUUUCGAAUGAAAUGUCAUCUGUGUGACAACUACUUUGUGAUACGAACGGAUCCUAAGGUACGGUACUUUUUUAUCACUGUUUAUGUAAAAUGUUUUACCUGUUUAUAUAUUGUGCUUAGUGUUACAUUUUUUACGCCGGCAAUAAUUUUAGAACUUCGACUACGAGAUGGUAGAAGGCCUGAGGCGGCAGGACAAACGAUUUGAUCCGUCAGACAUCGACAAUCUGGGAGCGGUAGAUCGAACGUUCCAACAAAAGCUGGCUGGAGAUGCCAUGUUCAAAGCAGAACAUCAGACGGACGACAAGAAGAAGGCUGGCGAUGAAGAACAUCAAAUAGAGAAGCUGAUCAGGAUAAAACAAAGAGAUAAAAGUUCAUACGAUGCCAAUUGUGAACUCAGAAGGCAAUUCAGAUACCAAAAAAGGGCUUUGAAUGAGCAAAGAGCUGCUGAUAAUGACUUGAAGCAGAGGUUAUCCUUGAACAUUGACUUGAUGCCAAGCACCAGCGAAGAUCAUGUUAUGGCACAACGAAUGCUUCGACUUAAAAAUGUGAAAUGUAAGUUUGCAGUUGAAGGGUUGUACAAAAUGUGUUUAAAAAAGAGUUUAAUGGUUGCUUUUUUUUCAGCGCACGAUGAACAUCGUGAAGAAGAAAGGCGUGAAAUUGAAUCAGCGCCCAUAUUUGGAGCAAAGAGGAAAGGCUUACCGAUCAACUUGAAGCCAAAAGAAUCGAGAGAUAAGAGUUUUGAUCUCGGAGGAAUUGUUCGGAAAAAGACAAAGCGUGAAGAAGAUUCCACGAAAGAGGUGACGGAGACCAACACCGAGUCUGCUAGCGAGCUUACGCUAAUCGAUGGUAAUAUUACGAAAGAAACAACCGUAGUUGGCACAACGUCGGAAAAUGAAAUUACCGUAAGGAAUGAUGAAAAUCCCAAACCAACACAAUCUGGUACAUCUUCAAGCAUUGGGUUGGUCGAUUACGAUGACAGUGAUUGA